GAGCACCAGAUGGAUGGGCAACCGGACAGGUUGACAAAUAGCAAGGCUGUCAGAAUAGCAGUUUAGAAAUACCUUAAACUGGGCUCCACUAUACCAGCAAAACUGAUUUUCCAGGGAAGUAUUCAAAUUGUGCGUUCUCUGAAUGUGAAGAAUAAAGGUAUAUGAAAAAAUGCCACUGUCCUUAUUCUAUUUCUUCCUUUUCUUAUUAAUGUGAUUGGCAGACUACAUUAGAGUGGAUGGGUAGUAAGGGCUUGUAGUUGCUGUGGCAACGGCCUGCUCUUUGUUAAAGGCUAUAUUCCCGUCAUCUGAUGUGUCUGCGCUGUGAUCGAUAAAAACCCAGCCUGCAGGGACUGAUGAAUGGACUGGGGCUUUUGCCAGGCCAGGCAGGACCUGGGAGAGAAAAAGAGUCAGGGGGAAGAUGUGUGAACAGGAGGACGGAGAGAUAAAACAGCGAUAGGACGAGGAGAUGGAGAUGUGAGCGGUGCGGCUGCUGAGCCGGGCGGAGGGGUGAGCACUGUGGGAAAGACAGAGUGUGUGCUCUGCGGUUUCUUCUGCCUCAUCUUGACUAUUUUUUGAGCAUCACUCACUUCGCUAUCAAAGUCAGGGCUUGUCCGUGAUGGUGUUCUGUAUGGACAAGAAACCGUGCCAUGACAGAGGGCAACGUGGGUAAAAGAGACAUGCAACGCCCAGCCCUGCACCACUACCACCUCUUCCUGGGCGGGGCUUUGCUGCUUCUCCUGGCCAGCUCAGCUCAGAGCUGCCCCGCCCGAUGUGAGUGCUCUGCACAAAGCAAGUCAGUUAGUUGUCACCGCAAACGCCUGUCCACGGUCCCUGAAGGUAUCCCUAUUGAGACUCGUGUCCUGGACCUCAGCAAGAACAAGCUACGCAUCAUCACGCCAGACAACUUCUCUUCAUUCCAACAGCUGGAGGACCUGGAUCUCAGCGACAACCUCAUCACUGUGGUCGAGCCCAGCUCAUUUCGCUCCCAGCUCGCUCUUCGCUCGCUCAACUUCUGCAGUAACUUGCUUCAGCUGGUGCCUGCUGGUGUCCUGACAGGCCUGACCAACCUCACCCGCCUUGACCUCAGUCACAACCGACUGGUAGUUCUUCUGGAUCAUGCCUUUCAAGAUCUGCGCAGGUUAACAUCCCUAGAGGUGGGUGAUAACGAGCUGGUUUUCAUCUCUCAGCGAGCCUUUAUAGGAUUACUUGGCCUCCAAAGUCUGACCCUGGAACGUUCCAACCUUACCAUGGUCCCUACCGAUGCUCUGGCACAUCUGCACAGUCUGGUUGAGCUGCACAUGCGAUACCUGAGCAUUAGCUUUCUAAAACCUUUCUCCUUUAAAAGGUUAUCUCGUCUUCGCCAACUAGAGAUUGAUUACUGGCCCUGGCUGGAUACACUGCCUCCCCUCUCACUGCAUGGCCUCAACCUCACAACACUGUUCAUAACUAACACUAACCUGUCUGCCUUCCCCAGUGCAGCACUACGCAACCUGCCCUACCUCACACAUCUCAACUUGUCCUAUUGCCGCAUCCAGCACAUCCAUCAAGGAGAGCUGGGCCAACUCCCACACCUGCUGGAGCUCCGCCUCCAAGGGGCUAGGCUGGUUUCUAUCGAGCCUUUUGCUUUUGUGGGCCUCAAAUCUUUGCAGCUACUGGAUGUGUCACAGAACCGCCUGGACUCUCUGGAGAGAGGAGUGUUUGCCUCACCAGACAUCCUCCAGAGGCUUUGUCUGGGUGGAAAUCCAUUAGUGUGUGACUGCAGAUUGCUUUGGCUGCUCAGUAACCACAAACCCGCCUCUCUGCAGAUUCUGGAUGACCAGCCUGAGUGCAGUGCCCCUGAGCACCUCCUGGGGAAAACUCUCCGUGACCUCAAGGAGCCUCUGGUUUCCAGAUACAUGACUUGCACCAAGCCACGGAUUGGACCCAACACAACACAGCUGCUGAUGGCUGAUGAGGGUCAGCCAGCUCGCCUGAGCUGCAUGGCGGAGGGAGCACCUCGACCCUCUGUGGUCUGGAUUACACCUCACAGACGAUACAUCACAGCCAAGAGCAGCGGUAGGGUAGAAGUCCAACCAGAUGGUUCCCUGGAGAUCAAGGCAGCGGAGCUACAUGACAGCGGGGUGUACUUGUGUAUUGCUAGUAAUCCUGCUGGCAACGCUAGCCUGUCAGCCUCUUUAGCUGUGAAGAGCCUGGGCAUUGGGGACAGAUCUCAUUAUAGCAACAGGGGCUCAUACAAUCUCACAGACUCUAACAGCACAUGGGGGAAUGGGACGGUACUGUACAACAUGACAGCCCCUAUAGAUAUUAAGACUAUCAUUAUAUCUACAGCCAUGGGCUGCCUGUCAUUUCUAGGUGUGGUCAUUUUCUGCUUCCUGCUUCUGUUCGCCUGGAGCAGGGGGAAGGGACGCCACAAGAGUAGCUUUGAAAUAGAGCAUGUCCCUCGCAAAUCCAACGGGGCAUCAUCUGAAGUGACAGAAACAAGCGGCCCACGACGGGUCAACAUGAAAAUGAUUUGAAAACAACACAGACUGUCGAUAGUAACAUCAACAUAUCAGCUGAAAAAAAAUGUUGUUUUUUUUUCUAUGACAGUGGAUUUGUGACACACGAAGGUGAUGUACUAUUGGGUGUCAAUAUGACGGUGAUCUAGUGAUAAAGUGGACAUGUGAAUAUAAAAGUGAUAUAUGAAACUGUGGAUGUGUUUAUAUGAAAUUAUGUUCUCAUACAGUACAUUGAAUAUAAUACUAUAACCAACAUAUCAAUAUGGGAGUGAUAUACAAGGCAUGUGUUUCAGUGGUGAUGUGAUGAGUAAUGGCCGUGACAUCAAGGUGAAGGAGGGAGCUACUGAGAGUGACAGGGGAUGUGUUGGCAGGGCAGUCAAGUGAUUAUUGGCGCAACAUGUCAGCACUAAAUUGUCUAAUACUCAUCUUAGCUGCAGUAUGAAAGGUGUGUGUUGUGUUCAUGUGUGCAUGUGUGUGCGUAUGUGUGCGUGCAUCAGUGUGCGCAUGUUGCAUUUGUGUUUUGUGCAUGUGCACGCAUUGCCUUUCUUUUUUGAUGGAAUAAUUAGGGUCCAAAGCUUUUUUUCCAGGCAUUUAUUCUUGUUUGGUCAUUAUAACAACAGUUUUGUCACUAUUGAGUAAAACAGAGGACUUUCUAUGUUUGUAUGCAAAAUUGCAAUUAUUAUAUUCAAGAAAAAUGCUGCAUUAAUUUUGAAAUAGGUUGAUGUCUGCCUUGGAAUAACUCUAACAUCAGAGGGGAUUUUUCUAAACACAAGAAAAUGUUAAACACGGUAGUUACAAUGUGAUGCCAGAGCUUUGUUUUUAGUAUAGAACUCGCUUUCCAGUAGCAUUAGACACCCAAGAAAUAGCAGUGGUCAGUGGUGAUAUUACUCUGGAAAACCUUCCAGUUAUAGAAAUGGCAUGUUAAACCUGCUUUAUAAGAUUAUAAAUCAUGGGCAGAUUUUCCUGCCAGACAAAUCCCUUGAUAUGAUAUAAAAGAGUCGGUGGCCAGACAGUGGCAAAGAUUUACCAGCCUGUGCCCUGGGUGGGACAAGACAAAGGUGAACCUCAUAGAUUUAUGGGUUUGAAUUUCCCCUCUCUCUCUCUCAUUUUUCUUUGAUUGCACCACUUAAAGCUGGCGUGUCUGGAUUCUUCCCUGAGGAACCAAGAGGUUCUGGGUAUUUAAACAAACACAAAUUGAAAGUUGUAGUGGAAUCUUGUAUUGUUUUUUUUUUUUUUUUGUUGGUUUUUUUUUGGAAAUGUUUUCAAUGUUGAAAAAAAUAAAGUAAAAAUAAAACUAUUAAGGGCAACUCUUUGUAAUGCAGGAACGUGGGUGUUAACUUGUGUGAUCCUGUUGUGAUAAAAUGUUCGAGGUUGUAUAAUUGUUUUCAUAUGACAAAUUUAUGGAUAUAUUUUCAAAUUGAAAUAAAACUUAAUCAUACCCUUAA